AUGAAGGCUCUCAUUCUCGUCGGAGGGUUUGGCACCCGUCUGCGACCCCUCACGCUCACCCUCCCCAAACCCCUGGUCGAGUUUGCCAACCGGCCCAUGAUCCUCCAUCAAGUCGAGAGCUUGGCUGCUGCUGGUGUCACCGACAUUGUCUUGGCCGUCAACUACCGACCUGAUGUUAUGGUUGCCGCCCUGAAGAAGUAUGAAGAGCAGUACAACGUGAAGAUUGAGUUCUCCGUCGAGUCUGAGCCACUGGGCACCGCCGGCCCCCUGAAACUAGCAGAGAAGAUCCUCGGCAAGGAUGACUCGCCGUUCUUUGUCCUGAACUCGGAUGUCAUUUGCGAAUAUCCCUUCCAGCAGCUGGCCGAUUUCCACAAAUCACACGGCGACGAAGGCACCAUUGUGGUCACCAAAGUCGACGAGCCUUCCAAGUACGGCGUUGUUGUGCACAAGCCGAACCAUGCUUCUCGCAUCGACCGUUUUGUCGAAAAACCCGUGGAAUUCGUUGGUAACCGCAUCAAUGCCGGCAUCUAUAUUCUCAACCCCAGCGUUCUCAACCGCAUCGAGCUACGUCCCACUUCUAUCGAGCAGGAGACCUUCCCCGCCAUCGUCAAGGAAGGCCAGCUGCACUCUUUCGACCUAGAAGGCUUUUGGAUGGAUGUCGGUCAACCCAAGGACUUCCUUUCGGGUACCUGUCUGUACCUGUCGUCGCUUACCAAGAACAAUUCGAAGCUGCUGGCGCCAUCUUCGGAGCCUUUUGUUUAUGGCGGGAACGUGAUGGUGGAUCCCACCGCCAAAGUCGGCAAAAACUGUCGCAUCGGGCCUAAUGUGGUGAUUGGGCCCAACGUUGUCGUGGGUGACGGAGUCCGUCUCCAGCGCUGUGUUCUUCUGGAAAACACCAAGGUCAAGGACCAUGCCUGGGUCAAGUCGACCAUUGUCGGCUGGAACAGCUCUGUGGGCAAAUGGGCUCGCCUUGAGAAUGUCACCGUUCUUGGUGACGAUGUGACGAUUGCGGAUGAGGUUUACGUGAAUGGUGGCUCGAUUCUGCCUCACAAGAGCAUCAAGCAGAACAUUGAUGUUCCCGCGAUUAUCAUGUAA